GAGCAGAUCGGCAGCGGAGAUAUCGGAAGAGUCUACCUCUGCCGCCUCCGCGAUGCGGCCGAGGAAGACCGUCUUUACGCCAUGAAAGUAGUGGACAAUGAGGUGUUGGCAUUAAAGAAGAAAACACAGAGAGCGGAGAUUGAAAGAAAAAUCUUAAGACUUUUGGAUCAUCCAUUUUUGCCUACACUUUACGCUGAAUUUGAAUCCUCUCGUUUCUCUUGUGUGGUUAUGGAGUAUUGUUCUGGAGGUGAUUUGCAUUCUUUAAGACAUAAACAGCCUCACAAACGCUUCUCUCUCAACUCAGCCAGGUUUUAUGCGGCGGAGGUUUUGGUGGCGCUGGAGUACCUGCACCUGUUGGGUAUAGUCUACAGAGACUUGAAGCCGGAAAAUGUGUUGGUUAAAUCCGACGGUCACAUAAUGCUCACUGACUUUGAUCUCUCCCUUUGCUCUGAUGCAAUCCCAGCCGUUGAAUCUCCUGACUUUUCAUCUGACCCCUUAUCGUCACUAAAAGCAGAUUACAGCUCCCGAAAAUUGUCACCAUUCUCCUGCAUCUCCAACCGGUUGUUCCGGUCAAAGAAGAUUCAGACACUGUCCGGCGACCGGCUUUUCGUGGCGGAGCCGGUCAGCGCCCGGUCGUGUUCCUUCGUUGGGACUCAUGAGUACGUGGCGCCUGAAGUGGCCUCCGGUAGGUCCCAUGGUAACUCAGUGGACUGGUGGGCCCUCGGGAUCUUUAUGUAUGAAAUGAUUUAUGGAAGGACUCCAUUUUCGGGUGCAUCCAAUGAGACUACGCUGCGUAACAUCAUAAAAUCGCCCUUAAUAUUCCCCGCCAGCAGCCCUUCCGGUUUGUCCGAAAUGCACGCCCGGAACUUAAUUUGCAGGCUGCUCAACAAGGACCCUAGCAAGCGACUCGGGUCGAAGCGAGGAGCCGCAGAUAUAAAGUCCCACCCAUUUUUCAAAGGCUUGAAUUUCGCGUUGAUUCGAUCCGUUACGCCACCGACUGUACCCGGAAUACGAAGAUCCAAAACGUCGCCGUCUCAUGAUAAGAAGGUACUGUUGCAGCAAACGACACCGUUUAAUAUCUUCUGAACGUGCUUUGUCGGCUGCCACGUGGCAGAUUUUGGUUAGGAGGAUGAUUCUAAGAUUAGUAUUUAAAUUUUAAAAAAAUAUAUUGAAGUAUGUUUAGGAGAAAAAAAAAGAAGAGUACAUAUUUUGACAUAAAUUGGAGUCUCUCAUUAUCGUAUUUUAAAAUGCAAUUAUUAUACAUAUAAUUAAGUAGCCGAAUAUUAACUACAUAUGCAUGUAUAUAAAACGGUCCAAAGUCUAUUGUGUAGGAUGAAUAUAUUAUUAAAUUUUCCAUUAAUGUGCAGUCAAAUCUUUAUCAA